AUGACCGACUCCGAAGAAUCCCACGCUCCACAAGCCUGUGUCAUUUGCAAAUCACGGAAGACGAAACGCAAUUCAAUUUCUUCUGCAUUAUAUUUUGUAUCGCAGUCAAUUCCACCGGAGUCAGCUUCAAUAGAGGCCAGCCUAUAUGGUCAGGUCCUUCAAUUAAUUCAUCAAACCGGGCAGCUCGUCUACGACAUCGGCGCUCGCUAUUUCCAGGGCCCGCACCGCUAUCUCCCGGUCUGCUCCCGCUCAAACUUUUACAGCAACGUGGUUACGCUAGGUGCCAUUCCGUCCGCUGGGUUUUCGGUUCUUUUGUUGACUGCCUGUCUGACUGUGUCUGCUCAUGCCGAUCAGCAAUCCCUCCGACGGGCCACCAACUCCCUCGUUACCUUUGUGCAGGAGUCCUAUCCCAUCUCCCUUCCCCUGAUUCAAGCGCGACUCUUACUGGCUGUCUAUGACUAUACUCACGGGCGGCCAGAGGACGCAUUCCAGGCCAUUGCGGGGUGUGCUCGCAUGGCCUAUGCCGCCCGCAUCCAUCUCCACUGUCUUCCUGCGUAUCAAAAAGACGAUGCGACCCCUACUGCCAAUACCAAAGCACACUCAGAUAUGGAUAGAUUGCUGCAGGCAACAGAAGCGGCCAAUACCUGGUGGGGGAUUAUCAUCUGUGAGCGGUAA